UACUUUGGGUCUCAGUAAAAGGAAUCCGUGUAAAUAAAAUAGCUCCAGAGGAUCACUUUAAUUAAAUUCCUAUAUUUAAAUAUAUCCUGAUUUCAGCCCGAGGAGUCGGAGAAGAAGGCGAAGGGGAGGUUCCAAUUUUUCCUCUCUCUCGAUCUCGUUUCAUUCUCGAAUCGAAACUUUGUCUUCUAGGGUUUCGGCGUCUCUGGCGAGCUCUCGGAUGCGGAAAGGGAGGUGGGGCGGGCGGCGGCGGAGCGACGGUGGAGCGGCGGCGACGGAGGUGGAGUGGCGAUGAAGUGCAAGAAGCACCCCUACGAGCUGGGCGUUGGCGUUUGCGCCUCCUGCCUCCGGGAGCGACUCCUUGCCCUCAUCGCCUCUCAGAACGUGGCCCCCGCCGACCACCAGCGGCCGGAAACCCCUCUCCAACCACCGCCGCCCCUUGUCUUCCCCCGAUCUGUUUCCCCGUACGUCUCCCACCGCCGUUCCGUCGGAUCCGACGCCUCGGCGACCGUCGGUCGCCACUACAACCACGGGUUCUUUAGUACUCCCCAGGUCGGCCCCACCUUCGACGCCACCUCCGGCGGAUGUGGUGGCGAUGUGGACGAGGGGAGGCGCCGGCGCUCCGGGAAGUUCUCCGUCUUCUCGAUCCUGUUUCGCCACCACCGGUCGGAGGAGGCUGACAGCGAUCUGGGGAGCUUGAAGGGUUCCGGAUCGGAUUCUUGGUUCUCGGCGCUGAUCCGCCGCCGACGGAAGAAGAAAUCGCCGAGCUUCACGGAGGCAGAAGAGGCGCAGACGUCGGGGAUAGCCCGGCCGUCGUGCCGGGCGUCCGACCGGGGAAUGUCGCCGGCGAUGGACGACGAGGCGGAGGAUUGUUCCAGUGGGUACUCAACCGAGUCGUCGAGCGGGCUGCGCCUGCCGACUCCGACGCCCAUGCGCCGGUUCCCGGCAGGCGCCUACACCCACCACGGCAGCCGUGCCGGCGUCUCCGGCUUCGCGGUUUGCCUGAGCCCGCUGAUGAGGGUGGGCCCCAACGGCCGGUGGGGGAAGCCGGCCGAAGCAAGUAUUUCCGGCGAGCUCCGGAGCGCGGUGAGCCACCACAACCGGCUGCCCGGACGCCACGGGCCGGCCGGCGGCGCUUGGCUCCGACGGAACCGGUCAAGAAAAUUGGCGGACUUCGGCCGGUUCGAAUGACGGUUUUACCCUCAUCUCUCUUCUCUUUUUACCCGGUCGAGGACUUUUAUUGGAAAGAUUUUGUUUUCAAAUUUGGAAAAAUUUAUGUAUAGGAAUUAGAAACAAAGUUGGACGGAGGAAUUGGAUGAGCUAUAUAAUAUUCUAGUAGUUUUAUUA